AUGCGAUUUCUGUGUCUCCAUGGCAUGGGCACCAACAGCCGCAUCUUCGAGAGCCAGACUGCUGCAAUCCGUCAUGCGCUCGGUGGCAAUCACACCUACGAAUGGGUGAAUGGGUCGGUUCCUACGGAGAUGGCUCCUGGCCUCGACGGCCUCGUCUCCGCCGACGAGGAAUUCCUCAUGUACGCCAUCGCCGAGGACCGGGACAGUUGCAUCAAAGCCCUCACCGACCUGCAGGCGUUCAUCGACGAGGAGGGCCCGUUUGAUGCCGUUAUGGCGUUCUCUCAGGGAGCUGGGCUGGCGGCAUCGUUGAUCAUCCACCGGAUUCGACAGGAGCAGGCUCAGCAACGGACAUCCUCGUCGUCGCCACCCCUCUUCCGCUGUGCGAUUUUUUUCUGCGGCGGCGUUCCUGAGGACCCUACCGCGGCGAUAGAAGGCAAGGAGAGAAGGCUAUUGAGUUUCGAGGAAGAUGGCGAACUUAUCGACAUUCCGACGGCGCAUAUCUGGGGCCGGCACGACAAGCUCUAUCCCACUUUUGGUCCUGUCCUGAGUAAGCUGUGCAAGGCAAGUGAGAGGGAGGAUUUUGUGCAUGAGGGAGGCCAUGAGAUUCCCGGACCGCGCGAUCCGGCUGCGGUGGCUAAGACGGUGCAAGUUAUCAAGAGGACUCUGACGAGAGCAUCUUUGUUGUAA